CACGAGCUCAGGUGACCUGGUGGGGCUCUUGCAUGUCAUGUCGGGGCCGCGUCUCUGCUUCUGUGUGGUGUCGUGUUGCCCAUCUUGUCUCCUGGGAACACUGCUGGCUGGGAUGGGCCUGUAUCUACUGGUGAUCAGCUACCUAACCAUCUUUCUCUGCGUGACAUGUUGUUGUUCCUAGUUCGUGUUGGCUGUUCUUCGACAGGGCUCGUCAUGUCGUCAGCUUCAAGGCCCACCACCCACUUUCCAGGCAGUUGCAUCCCGCUCUCCACUCCUGCCACCACCAGUGCCAGGCUCCACCACCAGACAGCUCAUGAACAGCUCUCGUUGGCUCAUCCCAUCCCUCUUGACCUCUAGCUCUAGCAACACAUUACAUCGCAACAACAGACGUCGGCCCUUCAGACUCAAGUUGUCAACCAUAUCCCCGACUCCCGUCAGCGCCAGCAAAAGAACCAGCCAACAUGGCCACCAGGCGCAUCGUGACUACCGAGAAGACCUCCCUCGACCGAGACGAGGUUUUCUCCGCCUCUGCCGGCAGCACCACCCAGAAGUCCAAUAUUGCGCCAGCAGUACCCACGCAUGUCAUCCUCAAGCUGCUCGCCGCAACGCUGGCAAUGAUUGUGCUCCCCAUCGGCUCCUACUUUGCCACACUGCACACUUUCUUCAACGGCAACGCAAGCUACGCGGGCGGUUUCGCCGCCGUCAUGGCCAACGUGGUACUGAUCGGCUACGUCAUCGUCGCGAUGAAUGAGGACGAGAGUGAGCGGCGGCAAGAGGGCGGCGGCGGCAAGGACAGCAUCAAAAGCCUGGCCAGCGAGGCAAAGAAGGACCGUUGAUCUUUUCUCUUUGCUUGGAUUUCCACCUUGGUCGUCGUUUUUUUGGUGUGCUACUUUUCCCACAUAGUUGUAGCCCAAAUCCAGCUUCGUCAAUGAAAACCGAGCAGGAGUACAGAAUGAAAAAGAGACAAGACAAAAAAAGAAAACACGAGGCAAUGCUACACACGUGUUGAAAACCGUCCGGCUCUAUUCUGCGGGUAUCUGAUUCCCCCUCUCUCUCCAUAUCUUCGAUGGAUGUGUCCCCGAAAGCAAACCGCAUGUCUGCGUGCGCGCUCUUGCUUGCUGCCCGGCAGGUUACAGCGGCUAUACGCCAUGUGUCUCGCUCGGUAAACAGAGCAGAGGACAGGAUUCUCUCCCCAAGUCACGAGAUAAGC